ACGCCUUGUUUUUGAACUUCAUUCUCUCUGGCGCUCUCUGUCUUUCGCAACUUUCUCUCGUUUGAUCUGUUGCCACCUCUACGAAGCCGGAAUUAACUCUUUUUACUUCCAUUAAUCCUCUGGCCUCAAGUCUAGCAGAAAAUUCUCCGGGUGGGAUUACUUAAAUUGCUUUCCCAAAUGAUCAAUACUGAAAGCAAUGGCAAUGGGAUCUUUCUUAGUGGUGCUGGCAGUCCUGCCGUGGAUAAGCAACCAUCUAGCACACUGAAAAAGAUGGUAUUAAGAGACGUGCAGAACGAAAAUGUUGGAUCAAUACAUAAGCAUCAAGAGAGUUUGCUUAUUGGAGGAGGAAAACCCAGUGGUGAUGCAAUUAAGGCCCGUGGAACGAAGCGACUUACACCUGAGCGCCUUUCGAAUUCCUCAGUUCAUUCCUCCUUGGCCUUCAGUGGUCCAAAUGAGAAUAUUACGAACACACAUAGAAGAUUAGAAUUAGAACUAGGAAGUGGACGACUCCCAAAGAAUGAAGGCAAAUAUUCUGGUUGUCCUAAAUCAAGGAAUUUGUGUCCAUUGCCACUGGAAAUAUCUAAAAAGCAAACACUUACGAGGGAGAGUAACAUUCCUCGUGUUCCUGUAGCUACUUCUAAUCAUAUGAGUCCAGUGAUGGUUUUUUCAAGUGUUGGACCUUCAGUUCCCAGCUCUCUUGGUAAUCACAGAAAUAGCACCCAAGCUCCAGGAUCUGAUUGCCUCAAUGUCUCUUCAGAGCUACAUCAUGUAGUUGAUUCUAAGGACAACAGUGAUCAGCUAAGAACAGAACGAUUUAUUCGCCUGCAGAAUUUUUUGAGGCAGUGUGAUGAAGCUAAUCAAAUGGAUCGCGUUCAGAUGCUUUUAAAUUUAUCUCCUCUUGAGCUUAGCAAACAUGCCGUUGAAUUGGAGAAGAGAGCAAUUCAAUUGACAAUUGAUGAAGGAAAAGAGAUGCAACGGAUGAAGGCACUGAAUGUUUUGGCAAAAUCUUGCCCAACAAAAGUUCCAUUGUCAUCAAAUCAUUUACUACAUUCCAACAAGGAUAAGUGAUGAAGUAUAUAACAAUAUCUUGAGGUGCAGAAGGACGCCUUCAGGAACUCUAUUUGUACUUACAUUCGGACCAAGCCUGAGCCAAGGGUUAUCGUCUGCUUCAAACAUUACUACAACCAGUUGCGUAGCUGUUGAUGAAACACAACCUUUUUUUUUCUUUUAAAUCAGUGAUGAUUUGCUGUGGGUAACACCAUAACAGAUGUUUGUGCUUUCACUUAUUGAAAUGCUCUCACUUUGUUUUCGCAUAUGUAUUAUGGAUUCAGAAGCAACUCUAUUUAACUCUCUUUGUUGUUUAUGUUAUGCUUCAUGUUGGUUAAACAUUUCAUCUUAUGUAGUUAUGUUAGUUUGAUUACAUCAUAAAUGGAGACGACACAUGAUAAAUUA